AUGGUUCGGACAGUCAUUGAGCCGACUGCUAAGCAGCCGAUCGGCUGGCCGGGGACAUACCCCGAAAGCGCUGCCUCAUUUCCUCUCGCCAAGUCGUCGAGGCCGAUUGAUGAUGAGGACGACUGGGAGUUCGAGUACUCCACCACGGAGACAGAGACAUACUACCUGACCAUGGACCUGUCGCAUCCGGGCAUGUUUGAGAAGGUCAAGGACACAUUCCACUCACAAAAUCGAGGCGGCUAUAGGCAAUGGUUCAAUCCGGUCUACGCAGACCCGAACAAGAAUACGCGAUUCCGUCCUACUAAGACCAACGCGAUCUUGCUUGCGGACGAGGAGGACAAGGAUGAUGAGGACCUCGUCCCAAGAGAAGAUGAGGAGGCAGACGUCGAGAACGACAACACGAGAGGGGACAAUACAAUUGAAGCGAACGGCAAUGAGACCGUGGACGAGAAUGGCGGAGACGGCGACAAAGAUAUGAUCGAUCCCCGACUGAGAGGCGCAUCGCAACCGGCCGCCGUGCGAAUGUCACCGAAACCAACAGAGGAGGCAACAGAGAUGGUGCAGCCCCAGGCAAGCAAGAAGUUGAAGAGCGUUGGGGAGAUCCAAGUGCUUGACCUGCACUCCGACAGCCCGGUCGUGUCCUACAAGGGGCGCAUCUUCUCGGGCAGCUGGGCCAGCAAUAUCGGCACUGAGCUCAUCUUUGGCGCGCAUGACGAGGUCGCGGACCGCGGAUUGCCCUACCUGCGCAGUCUCUCCGGUGACGUCGACCUCAUGGCCGCGUCGUCGGCACGCAUCCUCACCACGCCUGCGGACCUCAAACCCAAGAAUCCCACCACCACAGCUGCCCCCCAGCGCCGACAGGCCCCCGACCGCUACAGAAAGUUACGAAAAGAAUCAGGCAUCGAAAUACCGGUUGCAUUCGACAAGCACGGGUUCAGAAAGCCCCAGGCCAGGUUUCUGGAGAACAUAAUGGCCAUCAAGCGGAAGAGGGGAGAAAUGGACGAGGUCACGACCAUGACGAGGGACACUACAAGGUACUUUGUGGAUGCGGAGGACGACCCUGAGGAGGCUCAGCUGCAAAAGAAGAGGGCGAGGGACAGGAGAAGGCAGCUGAGGUUGAUGGAAGAAAGAGCGGCUCGGCCGAAAACGAGGAAGAAGCGUGGGAAUCGAUGGGCGACCAGGGAACAGGUGGUCAGGUUUGGCGAGAAAGACCCCGAGACUGAGGGCGAAGACGAGGUUGGAGAAGCAUCCACGAGGACGCCAGGAGCAUGGGACGACUUGGAGGGUGUUGGUGGAGACGGUGUAGAGGAGGUAGAUGAGGAUUCCGAGGCGGAGGAUUAG